GGGGGAGCCGUCUCUCCUCCGCGCGUCUCCAGCGCUCUCUCCAUUGUCUCUGCUUUUACAACAGAGGGAGACGAUGGACUGAGCAGAUCCACACCAUGGAGUCUCGGGUCUUACUGAGAACAUUCUGUUUGAUCUUCGGUCUCGGAGCAGUUUGGGGGCUUGGUGUGGACCCCUCUCUACAGAUUGACGUCUUAACAGAGUUAGAACUUGGGGAGUCCACGACUGGAGUGCGCCAGGUCCCCGGGCUGCAUAAUGGGACGAAAGCCUUUCUCUUUCAAGAUACUCCCAGAAGUAUAAAAGCAUCCACUGCUACAGCUGAACAGUUUUUUCAGAAGCUGAGAAAUAAACAUGAAUUUACUGUUUUAGUGACUCUGAAACAGACCCACUUGAAUUCUGGAGUUAUUCUCUCCAUUCACCACUUGGAUCACAGGUACCUAGAACUGGAAAGCAGUGGCCACCGGAAUGAAGUCAGACUUCAUUAUCGCUCAGGCAGUCACCACCCUCACACGGAAGUAUUUCCUUACAUUUUGGCUGACGAUAAGUGGCACAAGCUCUCUUUAGCCAUCAGUGCUUCCCAUUUGGUUUUACACAUUGACUGCAAUAAGAUAUAUGAAAGAGUGGUGGAAAAGCCCUCCACUGACUUGCCUCUGGGCACAACAUUUUGGCUGGGACAGAGAAAUAAUGCACAUGGAUAUUUUAAGGGUAUAAUGCAAGAUGUGCAAUUACUUGUCAUGCCCCAAGGAUUUAUUGCUCAGUGCCCCGAUCUUAAUCGCACCUGUCCAACCUGCAAUGACUUCCAUGGGCUCGUGCAGAAAAUCAUGGAGCUGCAGGACAUUUUAGCCAAAACAUCAGCCAAGCUGUCUCGAGCUGAGCAGCGAAUGAAUAGAUUGGAUCAGUGCUAUUGUGAAAGGACCUGCACCAUGAAGGGAACCACCUACCGAGAAUUUGAGUCCUGGACAGACGGCUGUAAGAACUGCACAUGCCUGAAUGGAACUAUCCAGUGUGAAACUCUGAUCUGCCCGAUUCCUGACUGCCCACUGAAGUCGGCUCUUGCAUACGUGGAUGGCAAGUGCUGCAAGGAAUGCAAAUCAAUAUGCCAGUUUCAAGGACGGACCUACUUUGAAGGAGAAAGAAAUACAGUUUAUUCCUCUUCUGGAGUGUGUGUUCUCUAUGAAUGUAAGGACCAAACCAUGAAGCUGGUUGAAAGUUCAGGCUGUCCUGCUUUGGAUUGUCCAGAGUCUCAUCAGAUUACCUUGUCUCAUAGCUGUUGCAAAGUUUGUAAAGGUUAUGACUUUUGUUCUGAAAGGCAUAACUGCAUGGAGAAUUCUGUCUGCAGAAAUCUGAAUGACAGGGCCGUUUGUAGCUGUCGAGAUGGUUUUAGGGCUCUUCGAGAGGACAAUGCCUACUGUGAAGACAUUGAUGAGUGUGCUGAAGGGCGCCAUUACUGCCGUGAGAAUACAAUGUGUGUUAACACCCCAGGUUCUUUCAUGUGCAUCUGCAAAACUGGAUACAUCAGAAUUGAUGAUUAUUCGUGUACAGAACAUGAUGAGUGUAUCACAAAUCAGCACAACUGUGAUGAAAAUGCUUUAUGCUUCAAUACCGUUGGAGGACACAACUGUGUUUGCAAGCCAGGCUAUACGGGGAAUGGAACCACAUGCAAAGCAUUUUGCAAAGACGGCUGUAGGAACGGAGGAGCUUGUAUCGCCGCUAAUGUGUGUGCCUGCCCGCAAGGCUUCACCGGGCCCAGCUGUGAAACGGAUAUUGAUGAGUGCUCUGAUGGCUUUGUUCAAUGUGACAGUCGUGCUAACUGCAUUAACCUGCCUGGAUGGUACCACUGUGAGUGCAGAGAUGGCUACCAUGACAAUGGGAUGUUUUCAUCAAGUGGAGAAUCUUGCGAAGAUAUCGAUGAGUGUGGGACUGGGAGGCAUAGCUGUGCCAAUGAUACCAUUUGCUUUAACUUGGAUGGUGGAUACGAUUGUCGAUGUCCUCAUGGAAAGAACUGCACAGGGGACUGCAUCCAUGAUGGAAAAAUCAAACACAAUGGUCAGAUUUGGGUGUUGGAAAAUGACCGUUGCUCUGUCUGUUCAUGUCAGAAUGGAUUUGUAAUGUGUCGACGGAUGGUCUGUGACUGUGAGAAUCCCACGGUUGAUCUUUUUUGCUGCCCUGAAUGUGACCCAAGGCUUAGCAGCCAGUGCCUCCAUCAAAAUGGGGAAACCUUAUACAACAGUGGUGACACCUGGGUCCAGAAUUGCCAACAGUGCCGCUGCCUGCAAGGGGAAGUUGACUGUUGGCCUCUGCCUUGCCCAGAGGUGGAGUGUGAAUUCAGUGUCCUCCCAGAGAAUGAGUGCUGCCGGCGUUGUGUCACUGACCCUUGCCAGGCCGACACCAUUCGUAAUGACAUCACCAAAACUUGCCUGGAUGAGAUGAAUGUGGUUCGCUUCACUGGGUCCUCUUGGAUCAAACAUGGCACCGAGUGUACUCUCUGCCAGUGCAAGAAUGGCCACAUCUGUUGCUCAGUGGAUCCACAGUGCCUUCAGGAACUGUGAAGUUAACUGUCUCACGGGAGAUUUCUGUUUAAAGAAUGUUCUUUCAUUAAAAAGACCAAAAAAAAAAAAAAGUUAAAACUUAAAGUGGAUGAUUUGUGGGCAGCUAAGUGCAGCUUUGUUAAUAGCUGAGUGAACAUUCAAUUAUGAAAUUUGUGAAGCUUGAGAAAAUCACUAAAGGAAAAUUCUUGGGGCAAAACGAGACUAGAAUUCUGCUUCUACUGUGUCUGACAUCACUGUGGUGGAAGAAUGGGUGUGGAAGACACAGCACGACAUCAUGACCCCUGGAUAUAAAGCCUGAGCCCAUCAGAGCUUUGAAAGCCUCUAGCUUCACUGGUGCAGAAAAUUUUUCUCUAGAUCAGAAUCUUCACGAAUCAGUUAGGUUCCUCACUGCAAACAAUAAAAUAAAAUAAAAUAAAAUAAAAUAAAAUAAAAUAAAAUAAAAU